AUGAAUUCAAGUGGGAACAAAAAAACUUUGGGUGUUCGGAAGACCGACAAAACUAGAAGAUCAUGGUCCGUUGCCGAGGAACAAGCUUUGAUUAACGGUUUGAAGGACCUCGUUCUCACGGGUUGGAAGUGCGACAAUGGAUUUAAGUCGGGGUUUCUUGGGAUCCUACAACAUCAUAUGUUGAGCGCAUUUUCGGGCACUGAUAUUAGAGCGGAUCCUCAUAUUAACUCCAAGAUACACGUUUGGAAGAAGACCUAUGGCUCUUUGUCAACUAUGAUGACCCGUAGUGGUUUUGGAUGGUGGGAUGCUACUAAUACCAUCGACGUUGAGAGUGAUGAUGUUUGGGAUACCUAUGUGAAGACAUACACAAAUGCUCGUACCAUGCGUCAUAAGUCGUUUCCUUUUUAUAAGGAUUGGCUGGAGAUCUUUGGUAAGGACAGAGCAACUGGAGAAAACGCGGAAGAUUUUGUUGAUAUGGUACAAACCAUGGGAGAUAAAGUGGGCAUAGAUAACGAGGGUGGUGGUGAUUAUGUGCCAGAGAUGCCAUUCAAUUUACAAGAAGAAGCUACCGAGUUUCAUCCAACAACUUGGGUCAAAGUUCCACUGGCACUAAAACGAAGUCCUCGAACAAGCGCAAAUUUGAAGAUGACAACUUUGAUGAAAAAUUCUUCGCAGUAA